AAAGGAAAAAGGGUCAAGAUCAACGGUCGCGAUCGCUCCAACGGCUCUCCCCGUCUCCGCGUCGGGGGGACUGUUCCGUCGUCUUCUCCAUCGUCCUCCUCCGCCUGUCGCUUCCACACCUCUCUCUCUCUCCUCUCUCUCUCUAAAGAGACGUGACGGACGGCAUUGGAGGCGUCCCCACCGUACGCUCGGAAGCAGCCGAUCUCCUCCCUUCUGAACAAGACACAGAAUUUAUAAUAUUCAGCUCUCGACCGGCGCGCGUUCCUCCCGGUUCACACCAUCUUCGUCUCAUUUUCUCGCAUUUUCUCGGAUUCCACAUUCUCGGAUUCCUGGAUUCUCGGAUUUUUCUUCCUUGUUUUCUCUCCCUUCAGAAGUUGAAAUUUUGAAAAUCCUUCUCUCCGCCCGUCCGCCUCGUUCAAAUGUAGCCCGCCAUCGCUCGGCGUUCUCGAGGGCGAUGCUCGUCGUCGCGGCAUUUCCGGAAUUCGUCUCCUUCGAAUUGCCUCCGUUUUCGCCGCGUCUUCGGUUCCGUUUCUUCUCUUUUUUUUCCUUUCUUUUUUGGGGUCUCCGAUCAUUUUGAAAAUCUAGCGUCAGCUCCGGAAACGGAAAGUCGGCUGGCGACAUUCCCUUUCCUUUUCUUUCUCUUUCAGACGUUACGGUUUUCGAAUUCGGUUUUGGAGUUUAGGGUUUUAUCGCAAUCGCUUGCGCGAGCCAUCGUUGGGUAAUAGAUAAGCCUUCGAGCUCCGGCGGCGUGACUAGGCGCGGCGGGAUUUGAUGCGAACUGUCGAAACAUGCCCAGCUUGAAGGCUCCCGCUGCUGCUGCUGCUGCUGCUGCUGCUGCGAGGAAGACCGCCACCACCUUAACGGUUGCCGUUAAGUGUAGACCCUUUGCGCGGAGAGAUUACGGCCGCAAUAUCGUUAGAGUUAGCGAUAGUAAGGAGGUUCUUGUUUUAGAUCCUGAUUUGUCGAAGGACUACCUUGACCGCAUACAAAAUCGAACCAAAGAGAAGAAGUACCGUUUUGAUCAUGCGUUCGGUCCCGAAUGUUCCAAUAGGGAUGUGUACAGUAGAUGUAUAGAUUCAACAAUUUCUGGAGUUGUUCAAGGUCUCAAUGCAACCGUCUUUGCUUAUGGUUCAACCGGAAGUGGAAAGACAUACACAAUGGUUGGAACUAAGAAUGACCCGGGACUUAUGGUUCUUAGCUUGCAUACAAUCUUUCGCCUUAUCAAGCAGGACAGUAGUUCCGAUGAGUUUCAAGUUAACUGUUCCUACCUUGAAGUUUACAAUGAAGUUAUCUACGAUUUGCUCGAGAAAUCAUCGGGUCAUCUGGAACUCAGGGAGGAUCCUGUUCAAGGAAUUGUUGUUGCUGGCUUGAAGUCAAUUAAGGUUCACUCAGCAGAUAAAAUACUUGAACUUCUCAAUCUAGGAAACAGCCGAAGAAAAACAGAGAGCACAGAGGCUAAUGCAACAUCGUCAAGAUCACAUGCGGUUCUGGAGAUUACUGUGAAAAGAAAACAAAAGAACAAGUAUCGAAAUCAAGUAAUGCAAGGAAAACUUGCACUUGUGGAUCUUGCUGGCAGUGAACGAGCUUCUGAGACAAACAAUGGAGGGCAGAAGCUCAGAGAUGGAGCUAAUAUUAACCGCUCGCUUCUUGCAUUAGCGAAUUGCAUUAAUGCCUUAGGGAAACAGCAAAAGAAGGGCCUGGCCUACGUUCCUUAUCGAAAUAGCAAAUUGACACGGAUCCUUAAAGAUGGUUUGAGCGGUAAUUCUCAAACAGUUAUGGUGGCUACAAUAUCUCCUGCCGACAGUCAAUAUCAUCACACAGUCAAUACCUUAAAGUAUGCCGACCGAGCCAAGGAAAUAAAGACGCAUAUCCAGAAAAACAUUGGCACAAUUGACACCCACGUGUCAGAUUACCAGCGAAUGAUUGACAGUCUUCAGGGAGAGGUUUAUCACUUGAAGAAGGAAUUGGCUGAGAAGGAGUCCCAACUUAAUGUCAGAUCUACUGACAAAGUUGCAGAUGAUGAGUUGUCUUGGUUAAAUUUACUGAGCCAAGAAACCAGUGAAAAUGUUCAGGAAAGGAUAAACUUACAGAAGGCAAUGUUUGAGCUUGAGGAAAUUAAUCUUCGUAACCGUGUUGAGCUCCAACAUCUUGAUGAUGCAAUUGCAAAACAACAGGCAAUUGAAAAAUGUGGUCCAGUUGUCAAAACUUUGAGAGCUAGGCGACAAGUAAUUCUUGAUAACAUCAGGGACAACGAUGAAGCCGGUUUCAAUUAUAAGAAGGAAAUUGAGGCAAAUGAGAAGCAUCGAUCUGAGCUACAAGAGAAGAUUAAUGAAGCAAUCAGUCACAAUGGAAACAAAACAUACUUGCGUAUUCUUAGUCAGUACCGACUCUUGGGGAUGUCAAACACUGAGCUUCAGUUCGAAAUUGCAAUGAGGGAUCAAGUGAUUCAUAAUCAACGAGAAGCACAGAGAAAUCUUUGGAACAUGGUAAUGGGGCUGGGGCUCGAGUCACUUGAUAAGAAAAGGCUGUUGGAUGUCGCAGCUUGGCAGGGAAUACCAAUUGAAGACUACAUGAUGACACCUUAUAUGGGGCUGUCAGAUAAUAGUCACCUAGAAAAUGUGGCUUCUCACAGAUUUCUCCCUUUUGGGAGUUCCCCAUGCACGGGCAGUUCUCUAUCCAAAUCAUCUGGCAACUUACAUCACCAUCAAUUCUUCUACAGUGGGCCCACUUCCUCAGGCAAUUGGAGUGCGUUGUGCAGGGAGGAGCAUCACAGUUCAUACUACUUACUAUCUCAUGAUGUUUCGCAAUCGCCCCAUUUGAGGUCGAGCGAGAGUCCUGAAGAUUGUGCUUGUGGUAGGCCAAGGUCACAGUUCGGCACACCUGACGUGUCUCACCGAGGUUCAUGCCGUCCCUCUCCAGAGGUGACAUGUGAGCCUUCACCUUGUCAAAGUCGUUUAUCUUCUAGUGUUACUUUUGCACAGCAGCAUGAGUUAAGCUUCUCGAGGGGUUCUGGAAUUGCUACUUCUGGGCAGCAUUUUUAUGAGGAUCGUGAUGGAAAUAGAAGCAAGCAAGAGUCAUAUGUCAUGAGCCAUUCCAGCAGAAACCAAGUUUUCCUUCCUCAUAGCUCAUUGGCACAGUCCUCUGGCAUGGAAAGAAGAGAUGACCCUUAUCAAGAAACUGAACCGAAAUUGCAAUAAAUAUCCUACAUCAAAUUCGUAUUCUAGCCUGCAACCUGCUGCAUUCGAUUCAUCUAGCCCUGAUUCUAAACUGCUGCCUUUGAAGCUUUUCUUGUCUUGUUUUCUUCUGGCCCCACCCUUUACAAACAUUCACUCAUUUACCAUUCUUUCCUUCUAUUCAUUCCAGCAAUUGUACAUACAGGUUAUAGUGCCAUGCUUCAGGUAGUUGCAUUGCAAAGUUUAGUCUUACUUUAGUACCGAGAAGUUAGGAGAGAAGAUCCAGAUCUUCAGGAUGAGCGGCGAGUUAGAUGUUUUUUGGCUUUUCAGUUUGUAGAUUGUAGAUGCAGUAGUUGUUGUAUAUAGUUCGUGCAUACUUGUAAAUCCUCAUGUGUUCGUCCCGCUGAUUGAUCAAGUCCAUUGCUUGGAUUAGAGAUGGACAGACAUUCAAAUGUAACUCAAUUUCUCAGGUUUCCUCUAGCACAUUCUUUUCAGAUCUUACCAAAAUUUUGUUUUC